GUUUCUUGUAUAACAUUGGAUGAUGAUGAAAUUUCUGAAAUGGAUACAUCUUUGAUAAAGCCUAAAGAGAAGAAUAAUUUUGAAACUCAUAUUGCAAAUGAAGAUUUUAAAAAUGAAGAAAAAAAGGAUAAGCAAAGCGAUAGUGAAAGUGAUAGUGAUAUGUCUUUACCAGCCAUUGAGUGUGAAAUUCAGUUAAGUUCAAAAGCAGAGAAGGUAUGUUAUGAUACUUCUGAAAAUGAAAAUGAUGAUAUGAAUGUAAUAUGUAAGAAUUUGCAAAAAGGUUCUAAAACACAACAGAAAAAAUUUGAAAAAGAACAACAAAAACUUUUAAAAGAAAUUGAAAAAGAAAUAAGAUCCUAUUCUAAACCAGAUAUGGCUUUAAAGAUUGUAUCUAUGGAAAUAGAUAAUGAAAUUGAAGGAUUAUCAAAUGUUAGUGAGUUAUGGUCAGUAUUACAAGAAUCUGGAAUCAAGUAUAAAGUGGAAGAUAAUGCAAUAAAAUCCAGUAUUCUUUGGUUCAGAGACGUUAUUGGCCAUAAAAUUUCAGCAGAAGGAAAGGUAAAUCGAACUGUGGAAAGAGUACCCGAGGAGCAUUUGUUGAUAGUAUUUCCAACAUCUCAGUUUAUUGAUAUGGUUGCAGAAAUGAAACAGCCAUCAAAUGUUAAUAUGAAUAGUUUAAUUUCAUUAACAACUUAUUAUGAAACUAUAUAUCCUGAGAAGAAAAUAACUUAUGUUGCUAUUGGAAUAGAAAAAUAUUUCAGGGAAUUGAAGAAUAAACAAAACAGAAAUUUUAGAGCUCAAAUAAGAGGUGAUAAAUAUCAACCUAUCCCACAAAAACUUUCAUUUUCUGAUAUUGGAGAGGCUGUGGUAUGUCUGCAGAUCCAGAAAAAUAUUACUCUUCAUUUGAUUGAUUCAGUUAAUGAGCUUGGGUUCUUUUUAGUUUCAUUUAGCAAAGCAAUAGCAGAAACUCCUUAUAAAAGAGAAAGGCAGAAUAAGUUUUCUUGGUAUGCAGAAGGUGAUACAAACAAAUCUGUGAAAGUAGUCGAUGAUGCAUCAUUAUCAAAACUUUGGAAACAACAGAUCGAACAGUUUGCAUUAGUAAGCAAAGACGUUUCGGAAGCAAUUGUUGUUAAGUAUCCAACUCCUCAAACACUGAUACAGGCAUAUAAAGAAUGCAGUACGAGAAAAGAAGCAGAAAAUCUUUUGAAGAACAUUCAGGUUAGUUAUCAGCAUUCAGAAUUGUUCUUUAAUAGUUUUAAGAACCUCUAAAAUAUUUUUAUCAGUUA